AUGUUCCAGAGAUGCAAAGAGAAGCUGAACACUCUGGCGAUCAGCGUGAUGAACCAAUGGCCCGGAGUGCGGCUGCGUGUCAUCGAAGGCUGGGACGAGGAGAACUCGCAUCUAGAAAACUCUCUGCACUACGAGGGCCGCGCGGUCGACCUCACUACCAGUGACCGCGACCGCUCCAAGUACGGCAUGCUCGCGAGACUCGCAGUGGAAGCCGGCUUCGACUGGGUCUACUAUGAGAGUCGAUCGUACAUACACUGCUCCGUCAAGACAGAAUCUUCCGUGGGAACCGGUGCAGGUUGUUUCCCUGAAGGUGCUAUGGUGUACACAGAGAAGGGCCCUCGCGAUAUCACAACGUUACGAAUAGGAGACAAAGUGCUGUCGGCCUCAGACGACGGCAAAAUGAUUUAUUCUGAGGUGUUAACUUUCAUCGACCGCGAUCCGAAUGCUACACGGCAGUUCAUUGAAGUGACAGCAGAGAACGGUGUGACGAUCACAACUACACCGUCGCAUCUACUGCUGCUAGCGGCGGCUGAUGGGUGGCGGGAGUCGUUCGCGUCCAAUGUUGAGAUCGGGGACGUACUCCUGACGAGAGGACCGGCCGACGUUAUGCGGCCGUCCAGGGUCGUAAAGACCCGUAUGUUGCCGAAGCGCGGAGUGUACGCGCCUUUGACAAGGACUGGCACGAUCAUUGUGGACGACGCGUUGGCGUCGUGCUACGCGCUGGUCCGGAGCCACUCGCUGGCGCACGCGGCGAUGGCUCCGCUGCGGUGGAUGGCGCGGUGGAGAGGCUCUAGCGAGCUGCCGCGCGGCGUGCACUGGUACGCGAGCGCUCUCUACUCGGUCGGGGACUUCGUGCUACCGACCUCGUAUAGGUAUCGCUAGCGCAGUGAGUGAGUGCUGACAAUAUGUGGUCGGUGUGAGAAUAAACCGCACGCGGGACGUGCACAAGGACACUGUUGUAAAUAUCGAUCGUGUAAAUAGUAGAGUGAGUAUGACAGACUACGAUAUGUAAAUACUUGGGUAGCGAACAUCAAAAUGUUUAAUAUUAUAUAUGCUCGUCGUUAACGGGCUUUACUUACCCCAUUGGAAUUUAUUUAUUAAGUAAUUUAAGAAACUUUUUGCAAAUUUUGCAUAUUAUUUAGUUAACUUACGAAUAUUUUUUUGUAAAUUGUAUCGGUAUUGUUAUUCUGCACAAUGCAGAAAUACUUAAAUGUAUGCGCUUAUGUUAUUUUAAGUUACUGUAUAAAGAUUAGGAAUAAAAUUAAUUCACUUCUUUAGCAAAUCCGAAGAAUAAUAUUUGUGUAAUCAAGGGUUUUGAUUGCAACAGUGCAGUGUUCGUAUGUUCGGUACGAGAUUCAGCUGUAACCAGACAUUCCAUAACUCUAAUCCUUCAUCUUACACACGUUAGAAAUGAUGAAAUUGUGAUCUUGGUACCUAAAAACGUGCCUUAAGAUUUUAUUUAUUGUUAUUUAUAAGCUAGGUGUCUAUUUAUGAAUUGACAAAAGUAUUUAGGUCUAACUUAUUCUAUUAUGUCCGAUACCGUCUUUAUUUCUAAGCAACUAUUUAUUUAAUACUCUUAAUAAUCUUCCAAGUUUUCUUUCAACGCUUGACAUCGUUUAUUAUUUGCUUUAAUUUCAAAGUAUCCUUGUUGUUUCUCUAACAAUGCAUGACUUGAUGAUAGUACUAAUACUCGCGCGUGUCCUGCGGAUACGACACGACAUGUGGCGACUUUAUAGAUCACUUGUUAGAUCUUGAACUGAAGUAUGGGUUCCUAUAGAUUGAAUUUAGUGGAAUGUUGUAAGACUUGUGAGUGCAACGAUAAUUUUUAGAAAUAAUUUCUUAGGACAAAAUUGUUUGAAUUAUAUUUAUUGUACGAAACAUUCACAUCUGUACUAAUUGCUAAUUGAUUGAUGUCAGCGACAAACGUUAACUAAACUUCUAAGUUAUAAAAUAGUAAUUAGUGCUUAUGUAGACUAUACUAACAAAUUUUAUAGGUACAUACAUAAAUCGGAAAGCUUUAACUAAUAUUUGGACAAUACAUUUAUGCCAUAUUAAUAUAACUUAGUUUAAAAAACUAAAUGCAGUGGGUGUAACAGUGGCGCCCUUUUCAAUGUACAUCAGUGGAGAGUUUUAUUUAUAGUUUGAUAUCAUAAUAUGUUGGCAGUCACCGUAGAAUUAAAUGCUUAUAAAUAUGUAGAUCUGUCGAAGAUUUAAAGAUUUUCUUUUUUUAUCUGUCUGCGUAUUACCUUCCAAGCACUUAUCUUUUUCCGUUAUGGUCUAGCAGAUAAAUGGGAAUAAAGUUUUAAUG